CCUCUGAGCGUUGCUGCAAGCCGGGAGCAUCCUACUUGGCCAUGGAGAGCCCCGUGCGGCAGCUGUACCUUCUCCCCCUGUUACUGCUGCUUUGUGAUGCGUGUGCCCAGGUGUGCGGCUGCAAUGAGACGGGAAUGCUGGAGAGGCUGCCCCGCUGUGGGAGAACCUUCGCUGACAGGAUGCAGAGGGUGGAUGUCUGGAAGUGGUGCAACCUGUCCGAGUUUGUCGUGUACUACGAGAGCUUCACUAAUUGCACGGAGCUGGAGACCAACAUCGUGGGCUGCUACUGGCCCAACCCGCUAGCCCAGAGCUUCAUCACCGACAUCCACAGGCAGUUCUUUUCCAACUGCACCGUGGACAGGACCCACUGGGAAGAUCCUCCAGACGAAAUACUCAUCCCGCUGAUCGCGGUGCCGGUCGUGCUGACCGUGGCCAUGGCUGGCCUGGUGGUGUGGCGCAGCAAGCACAUGGAGCAGCUGCCGUGAGGGUCUGUCCGGUGCAAGGCCAUGCCUGGCGAGAAUGCGGCCCAGAGCUUUGAGAACCGGUAGACGCUUCCUCUGUUUGGUCUGUUUUGGCUACACUCGAUCUGACCAUGGCAGAAUCCUCCUGCCCAGGCUGAUGUGGCCCUUGCUGUCUAGCCUGCAGCCUGACGGAGCUCAGGCUGACUGUGCAAGUGGGCCAGUGGGCUAGUGGAAGAAAAUGACAAAGCUCGUUUGUGUACCACGUAUGGAAGUAUCUGUUGCUGGGCCCCCACUCCCCAGGCUGGGCUCCCUAGUCUCUGGCCAUUUCUUGGCAGUCUUGUUCAGCUUUGACCCCAGUCAAGGUCCUGACCCAUUUCUAGUCCUGACCCUGACCUCUGCUACACUUGGGCAGAGAGGUAAGGCAAGGUCAUCUGGCAGAUGUGGAACUCUGAACCCUCCUGAUUAGGAGACUGAGUAUCUCCUCUGUUGGACAUGAAGGAGAGCCUGGGGACUGGGAGAUGGAGUCACUGGGAGCCACAUGUCACCUACAGCUCUGCCUGUCUGAUCCGUCCAGUUCUUUGUCCUGUGUGGCUGGGGAUUCAUCAGUCUUUGAUAGACACCUGCCCCGCAGUGAGGCCUGGACCUCCUUCUGAGGGGGGUGGCCUGGACCUCCUGAGGGGUGCCUGGGAGUAAGGCAUGGUCUGAGCAGAGUCUGUGCUCGACUGUUCUGUCUCUGAUGUCUGUUCUCUGUGAUUAAAGAAUCCCCUUAC